AUGAUGCCUUCCCGAUAUUCCCAUGUCACAACUGCGCCCACGGCUCCUUUAUCUGAGAUCAUCGGACUCGCGCCGGAGAAAGAGCCAUGGUGUGUCGGCUACGCUCAUUCACAAGGCCAUCGAUAUCACGCCCGCACAAAUGUGCACGGUCGCCGCUUGGCAUUGAUGCUACUCAACGAGGGUACCAAAGAACUUCAAGCCGCUCGGAACAUCGAUGACCUGCUGGAAGAUAUUGCACCACAUGUUUUAUGCACUAGGUUCCACCAGAACCAAGCUUCAGAUCUCAUACAGCGUUGGAAAACACAAGUCAGUGCAUAUCUCGAUUCGCAGGUUGCUCCCGCAUAUACACGGCCAGUGAAAACAUCAUCUCGAAUGAUGCCGGACUCUGCCGAGGCGGAUAUGGAGGAGAGAAUUGCCGUUGUUCAGCAACAACUAUGUGAGCCUAAGAGAGGCAUCAGGCGACUGACGGCUGCUCAAUCUAGCCCACCGAUCGCUGCGAACCUUCGCCGUGAUGAGGGUAGAAAUACAAGAGCAGUCGUCAAUUCUGGCAGGGGAAGCGAAUCGAGCGAAAAUGCUCCAGUACCUCGCGUUCGCGAAUCAUCGAGAAGGGAUGUGACAGAAUCUUCUACCAAUCAGUCAGCAGGCACCGUACCUCGACCAGCCCUGUCCCAAGCCAGUCGUCAAACAAGCGCUGCUUCUAUUUCGAGCCCACGACCAGUGAUCAUACCAACUGUGACUCGCAUAUUUGGUAGAACGGGUAGCAUGGCCAGUGGGGAUGAAACAUCCCAGCUCAAUCGCCGUGAGAUUGAAGGAGAAUGUGGUAUUUGUUUGUGUGAUUUCCAUCCUUCGCAAGCCAAGGACCGGGAUGAAGAAGAAAGCGACGACAGUGGCGAUGACGACGAUAAGAAGAAUGAUUAUGAAUCUCUUGAAGAGCUGGUUUGGUGCAAGGCUCGCUGUGGAGUCAAUUUCCACAAGCAAUGCAUCGACCAAUGGCUAGGAACAGCUCCUGUUGCCACAUGCCCAGCAUGUAGGAGUGAUUGGAAACACUGA